AUGACAAACAUUACUGCUCCCCCACGUAAAUUCCAAGGUAUAGCUGUCUUGGAUCAUAAAGAUUGGAAGAACCCGAAAAAAGUUGAAUUUGAAUCGAAAAACUUAUACGAUUAUGAUGUCGAAGUUAAAAUUGAAUGUUGUGGUGUAUGUGGAUCAGAUAUUCAUACUGCUAGUGGUCAUUGGGGUGAAACAAAGAAACCAUUAGUUGUUGGCCAUGAAAUUAUCGGUACAGUUACACAAAUUGGAUCUCAAUGUAAUGAAUUAAAAGUUGGUGAUCGUGUUGGUAUUGGUGCUCAAGUAUUUUCUUGUUUGGAAUGUGAUCGUUGUAAGUCAGAUAAUGAGCCAUAUUGUCCCAAGACGGUUAAUACUUAUCGUAAAGAUUAUACUGAUGGUUAUAAUUCCAAAGGUGGAUAUGCUGAUUAUAUUAGACUUCAUGAACAUUUUGCAGUCCCAAUUCCAGAGAAUAUCCCUUCACAUUUGGCUGCUCCUUUGAUGUGCGGUGGUGUUACAGCAUUUUCACCUCUCUUGAGGAAUGGUUGUGGUCCUGGGAAAAAAGUCGGUAUUAUGGGUAUUGGUGGUAUUGGUCAUAUGGGAUUAAUCUUUGCCAAAGCAAUGGGUGCGGAAACGUUUGCAAUUUCUCGUUCAUCUGCGAAGAAGGAAGAUGCAAUUAAGAUGGGUGCAGAUCAUUUUAUUGCAACAAAAGAAGAACCUGAUUGGGCUACUAAAUAUUUCGAUACAUUUGAUUUAAUUGUUGUAUGUUCUAAUUCAUUGACAGAUAUUGACUUUAAUGUUGUUCCAAGAACUAUGAAAGUUGGUGGGAAAAUUGUAUCCAUUUGUGUUCCUGAACAACAUGAAGUUAUGAAUUUGAAACCUUUUGGACUGAUAGGUGUUUCCAUUUCUAAUAGUGCCUUAGGUGGUAUCAAUGAAAUUAAACAAAUGUUAGAUUUGGUAUCCAAGAAGAAUUUAAAAAUUUGGGUUGAAACCAUUCCAAUAAGUGAGAAAGGUGUGAAGGAGGUAUUUGAAAGAAUGGAGAAAGGUGAUGUUAGAUAUAGAUUCACUUUAACUGAUUAUGACAAAGAAUUCUCCAAGUAG